AUGGGGUAUGGCAUCGCAGAAUCUCAACUUGGCAAUGUCACCUCCCCCACGUUCCUUUUCCCGGCUCAGGGCCUCAUCCCUUCGCUCCUUCUCUUCACCCCAAGGCGUCUGAAAAGAAAAAUCCCUUCCACCGCUCCGUGCGAUUCAGCCUGCCUUCAGCUUGGCCGUGUCUCUCCCUCAGCAAAACAGGAGCUCAGCAGUUUAGCCGAACAUCAAGUCCCCCAAGUCUGCCCCCUCAAAAUCCUUCCUCCGCCCCAUCAUGCACAGGGGGUUCUGAGUGAGAACAAAAAAAGGUUUUGCUGCUAA